AUGUUGGAGAAGGCAUGGGUUCGUCUAUGCAGAGCUGAUCCUGCAUAUGAAAUUGGUGCUUGGAAUUUUGUUCAUGCGGUUGGGGCUACAUUAGGAGACACUGAAAUGAUAGUAUGUCCAUGCACUGAUUGUCGCAGCGUAGACCGUCAUUUAGGCAGUGAAGUUGUAGACCAUCUAGUGAGAAGAGGCAUGAAUGAAGCAUACAAGUGUUUGAGUGAAUGGUAUCAUCAUGGGGAAGGAAUCUCACUGUCUGCAGGGGAAAGGUCUUUCUCUGAAUGGAAUGAAGAGAUUGUUGGUCUUUAUAGAGCUGCUAGUUAUUCAGAUGACGAGUUGGCUGCUCAAGGUGAUGUAGGUGAGAUCGCUGAAGGUUUGGAUACAAAAGAAGACGAGUUUCUUGCUAAGCUAGCAGAUGCUGAGACACCAUUAUAUCCGAGCUGUUUGAACCAUAGUAAGCUAUCAGCCAUUGUUUCCCUCUUCAGGAUUAAGACACAAAAUGGUUGGUCGGACAAGAGUUUCAACGAUCUACUGGAAGAACUACCGAACCUGUUACCAGAGAAUAAUGUUCUUCAUACCUCGAUGUAUGACGUGAAGAAGUUUCUCAAGUCUUUUGACAUGGGUUAUGAGAAGAUUCAUGCAUGUGUGAAUGAUUGCUGCCUGUUUAAAAAGGGAUUAGAGAAGUUAGACAACUGCCCGAAAUGCAAGGCUUCUAGAUGGAAGGUCAAUUUGCAGACGGGUGUGGUUAAGAAGGGUGUGCCGCGGAAAGUGCUAAGGUACUUUCCAAUAAUCCCGCGCCUUAAAAGGAUGUACAGGUCUGAGAGAAUUGCUCAAGAUUUACGUUGGCAUUUCAGUAACAAAUGUUCUGACGGGAAGCUGCGCCAUCCCGUAGAUUUUGUUACAUAG